UAACGCGAAAUAUCAACGAAAGAGGAAGGCAAAAAAUCGAAGCUGCGCCAACGAACAGAAAGUUUCAAGAUUUUGCAAGCGAAAAGUGCAUUUUACUCUCUAAGCCAGUAAAAAGAAGGAGAUUUUGAGGAGCGUCUAAAUUAUAAUUACUGUAUCAUAGAUAAAAGAAAAACACUUCAAUAAACAAGAAAUCACAAUGCCUAUUCAACUGGACAAGAUUUUGGCCGAUAUUGCCAAUGAGGUUGUUUUACAUCCAAAUUAUCAAGGCGCCACAAAAAAAGAAAUUGACGAUGCUUGGGCAAGAGUGGGAAAAAAUAGUAAUUUGUCGGUCCAUGAAUCUCGUUCGAUAUUCAAAGUUUUGCAAAAGAAAUAUGAUCAGGAAAAAAUUAAAGAAACAUCGGCUUGGAAAUUAUUUGCGGUUAUGGAUAAAAUUCAUAAAAAAGUGGAACCCAAGCCGGAACCGCCACCACCAAAAGAAGAGGAAACCAACGCCGCCAUGGAAGAGGAUGAAGAAUAUGAAAUGUUGGAAGUUCAAGAGGAAGAAGAUGGUGGUGGACAGCCAGGUCAUCACUCUGGGGAAUCGGGCUCUGAGGCAGAAAGUCCAAAUAAGUCAAGUCAAAAUUAUUCCACAUCACCAGAAAAGCAAGAAGAGCAAAAACAGACCACUAAAAACGUAAGCAAACCACAGACCACACCCUCUACUAGCUCUUCGCCUGGAUCGGAGAAUAUUCGACCAAAUACCGGAGCCAAGUUGUUAAACUCAAUGGCCACUGUUACAACGACCAAGCCAAAUGUUCCAACAACACCAACCUCGGUUACAGCCGCGGCUCUACAAAAGAAAGGCAUUACCAUGAAGAAAACCAGUGGAGUUUCUCCUGCUAAUCAGCAAGGACGAUCUAUUAUUAAAACUCAACAAGCUCGCACUGCAGCCAAUGCUGGGGCCAUGCAUGGUUUGGAAGUUGGUAAAACAAUACAGUUGCCGGAAUCCCUGAAACGUAAACUAUCAAUAGAACCCACUACACCCCAAAAUAAACGAGUCAAUCAACAACAUACGCCCCAGUCUACAAAAGGUUCUCCUUCUUCGGCUUCAACAAAAUCUUCACCACAAACCCAACAACAGCAAAACCAACAGCAGCACACCACAACUGCCCAGCUAUUGCAACUUAAACAAGAUUGUCAAGAACAAGAGCGUCAACAAAACUCUGGAACAACUCCACCAGGCAUUAAUGUCAUUACCAUACCAGCAAAUCCUUCCGGCAAUCUGGUAAAUGGUAUUAUAAACACCAGCGCUGGAGGUCCUUCGUCUUCCACAGCGGCCACUGUAGCUUCGACAACCUCAACUAAUGGCUUUUCACCGCGCAUUGAGGAUAUUGAUUUCCGUAAUGAUAUUAUUUUUGAUUCCAAUAAUGCUGUUAAUGGCUCUGCUAUGCCUGGCAAGGUACCCAAUGCCUCAGAAAUUAUUAAUCUGGGCAAUUUUGAUAACUCCUUGCCGCCAACGUUCUUUAAGAAUUUGUGUAACUCAUCGCGACACGAGGCAUUGGGUCUGUAUGUGGCCAAUGUUAUGAAUCGCUUGCGUCCUCGUUCGGCCGCAAAACUGGAAGUUGGCAUAUUAAGAGCCAUUUUAGAUGUACAAAGCGAUGAAUUGGACCAGUAGAUUUUAGUUUUUUAUAAGAAUUGUCUUAAUAGUUGAGAAUACCAUAUGUUAAGUAUUGUCACCUUUUUUUUAUUAUUUUAAAUGCCAUGUCUUUGUGCUCGUUUCUCCAUUUUGAUUUAUUUUUUAAUUCUUGGUUUUAAUGAACUGUUCUGUUAUUGUAGCGUACAUUUAGAGAAGCCAACCUAGCCCUAUGCUAAAGUAUUUCCAUUAAAAUAAUCCUACUCCCUCUCAUGUUUAGUUUAUAAGUUAACCAUUUUUAAAUAAAACAAAUAAAAGUAAUUAUGACGAA